UUUUCUACAUGACACCUCAUCUUCCGUCCGAUCUCCAUCGCUUCCGCCUCGUUCUGCGCUUUUACCCGUCGGUCGUUGAACAUAUCAAGUCUGACGCAUUUGUACGCGCCAUAGAGGAGUUCCUCGCCAGAUAUCCGCGCUUGUCCAGCUUCGAAAUCUCCGUCGAUCUUCGAGAGUACGUUAAUCCGAUCGACCCUGCUACAGAGGCACGGGAGGCAACCGAAGUGCUGAAGGCUCAGCUGUCCUACGUCUACCGAGACAGAGUAUCCUUCGUCACGGCGUGCUCCCCCUACUACGUCGACCUCACCCACCACAAGAUCUCAUUGGGCACGCUCUAGCUUUCAUCAAGUCCUCGUCUUGACUCUCGAGUUCUCUCGACUGCGGUUGUCUAAUCUACGUUUCUAGAUACCUCCUUGCUUCAUGAAAAAAGCUUGUCAAAUGUAUUUUUAUUCCCAACUUGCUCUACUCGAAGCUAUGUAUUCUCUUCCGCCCCCUUGUUUUGCCUGAGACUGGGAUAUAAACCCCAAUGAACUAGAUGGCCGCAGAUUGCAGAUGUUCCGCCGACUGAGAGUAGAGGUAAUGCUGGUCGGAUUGACUUGUUUUGUGUGUGUCCGUGUUUUGCAUAUGCUACAUCUUACUUCGGUUCGCAAAAUGGAUAUAAGUAGGCACCACCGGAUG